AUGGAAAUGAGUUCAAACCAGGACUACUCUGCACGGGGUACCCACACUUGUGGCAAUCCUCCCGCUGGUCCUCCAGCGGCUUGGGCAUCGGAUGUGCAGGCCCAAAACUCAUUCAUCACCAAGACGACCAGGGCUGAAAAUCAGGGCCCUGGAGGAAGCAAGCUACUGGUUGAGGAUGGACACCUAUUGGACGGUGUAUCCUCGUCAGGCUCUAUACGUAGCUCUAUAGAGAGCCUGUUACUGGGCGAAAAUGAGCUUGGCUCAGUGGAACCAGCGAAAGCAAUGGAGAUGCAGGCGACCCCUGCAAACCCUUUAGCUGAUCCUGGGAGGAAGGCUGCGCCAACUCAUUUACGUCUCAGUGCUCUGACGUUUCCCUCUGCGGACGGAAGUAAUGUGGUUAAUUUGGAUGCAAAUCCGAAAAGUACCACUGCACUAACGGCUACAAAGAAUGCGUCUGAUUCGGGAGUCAGUUUGGAGGACGCGCGCGUGGUUAUGACGCAGGUAACCCCUGCCUGUCAUGUGACCACGACUGACAAAACCAAAUUGGUUCCUAUCCUGGCACCAGUUUCGGCGACUGUUGGGGCUAUGGUUAAUCCGAGUUCACGCUCAGAAAGUACCAGCGCACCAAUGGCCAAGGAACAGAUGCCAGCUUCAGGAGAAAAUCUGUCUAAUAGGCAGAAGAAGCGGCAAAGGCAGAGGAACGCGAAGAAGGCAAGAGAAACAGUAGGUAUGACUACGGCUAACGUAGCUAUGCCAACUGCCACUCGAGCCGGAGUUGCGGCUCAUCUGUCUUCGUCCACUCCUGUCGCCGAAUCUGGCAAGAGGAACAGAUCUGAUGAUGACCCAUCUGAUCUGGCCGCCUUGACAGAUGAAGCGACGGUGAGCGCACCAGUUGGUACGAGGAAGAAGAAACGGAGGAAGGGUAAUAAACCGGAAUCCGAAGUAAGCAACCUUAGACCACAGGUUGUAGUGACUGCAGGAGGAGCCUCUUGCAGCAAUCAAGUACCUGGUAGUAGUACCAACGAAUCCGGUGGAACGAAUGCCGCGGAUAAGAGCGCAGUAGCGAGCGCGAAACCGGGUCCGCCUAGUGCAGCAGCCAGGGGCAUGAUGGUGGAGAUCUAUGGCGAUGGGCAUAUCCAAUUGUCCCAAAAACAAUUGGAUUUUGUCGACAGUCAAGUCUGGGAGGCGAUAGGGAAAUCGAAAGAUGUACCUAGAUUCGAGCGAAUGAGAGUUGAGCAAGGUAUCUUGAAGGUACAAUGCUCAAACACUCAAUCGCUCGAAUGGCUGACCAAAACUGUGGCUGCGAUGCCAGCGUUUGAAGGAUGUAAGUUUGUCAUUCGGCAAACGAACGAAAUUCAAAAACUGGUUAGGGUCACUCAUCGUACAACUGGUGAGGUUAUGGUGCUGAAGAUGAAUCAGUUACGUGCAAAUCGACCAAAUAUGCUCAGGGAGGUGCAGCUGCUAAACAAACUAUCCCACCCGAAUAUAUUAAGUUUUAUGGGUGUGUGCGUACAAGAAGGCCAGCUGCAUGCGCUGACUGAGUACAUCGAAGGCGGUUCGCUGGAGCAGCUGCUGGCUAACCAAGAGGCCGUGCUGACUGCUGGAAUGAAAUUAAGACUGGCGCUGGGUAUAGCCAACGGUAUGGCGUAUGUACAUGAUGCGGGCAUUUUCCAUCGCGAUUUAACAAGCAAAAAUGUGUUAAUUCGCAAUAUGCCUGAUGGGCAGUUUGAUGCAGUGGUAGGCGACUUUGGUUUGGCUGCAAAAAUACCAGAUAAACACGGCAAAACACGCCUAGACACGGUUGGUUCACCAUAUUGGGUAAGCCCCGAGUGCCUGAAGGGUCAGUGGUACGACCAGACGAGUGAUGUCUUCUCGUUUGGUAUUAUACAAUGCGAGAUAAUAGCGCGCAUUGUCGCCGAUCCGGAUGUGAUGCCACGCACCGACGCAUUCGGCCUAGAUUAUUUAGCCUUCGCCGAGCUGUGCCCCAUGGAUACACCUGCUGUAUUUUUGAGAUUGGCAUUCUACUGUUGCAUCUAUGAAGCCAAAAGCCGACCGACUUUCCAUGAUGCUAUUAAAAAGCUGAAGCAAAUAUUGCAGGAAUAUGAAAAUGGCUGCAAUGGCGACUGCAGUGCAGCGUUGAAUUCAUCGAGCCCGCCGAAUUCACUUGAAUUAAAUGGAUCACUUAGCGGCAGUAGCAUGACAGCCAUGGAAGCUGGAAACCAAAAUCAAGCGGCGAGUCACAAGAACGGCUGCAUGCAACAAUGCUACUCCAGCAAUUCACUUCAAGAAGCUGGCUGCUGUAGCUGUCGCAAGAGCACUUCGUCGAAAGUGGCGCCGGUUGUUCAAACCGCACCUGCUGGGUCGUUGUCACCACGGCAUUACAACGAAUUAGAUGAGAGCGGCUUUCGUUUUCCUAAUGGCAAAGGCGGCGAUGGCACUGGCUGCAGCACAACGCCCUAUCAGACACCAAAUGGCUCGUCAGCGGAAUACAACGAAUUUGAGUAUCGUGUACUGGAGACACGCGUGCGUCGUGUCACUAAAAAGCUCGAGGCCGAUCUGCAAUUACAGCAGCAUCGUCGCUCGUUUAGCGAAAACAUCAUUCACUUCCCCCUGCACACUACGCCCAGCGACAAGGCGCGCUGCCAUCAAAUGCAACGGCAACGCUCAUCCACACACUCACCAACACCACCCGCACAGGCGCGCAUAAAUGGCGGAAGUGAGAAGGCAGCAUCGGGGCAACCUAGUAUUGCCGCCGUCGCGGCCGACAUCACACAAACAGCGGCGGCUACGAAACAACUGCCGACGCCGCAAACUGCUGCACUGACUUUGCGCAAAGUGGCGGAGACAAUGUGUUUGAAGGACCCACACUACAAGCCCAUCCGUUCCGAUCACAAUGGUGUGAAAAGCAAUCCAUUCACUACGCUGGCGCAAUUGCGUGGCGUCAAGAAGAUACUUGGCGCAAAUCCGAAAACUUACGCCGCCGGUGUUGGAGAUCUUUUCAGUUCAUGUUUUGAGAUGUCAGCACCGUUCUUCAAAGAGUUGGCGGCUGAGUUGGCUAAAAGCACAAACAAAACAGCGACGACAAGUGAAGUUGGCUGCGCUGUGGCUGCACGCUUGAGUGCUGGUGGCGUUGGUGGUGGUGGGCGUGGUUUGCCAUCGACACCUAACGAACCAAAGAGCUUACCCACAUCGCCGCAGAUGACACGCAAAUUGAGCGUUAUCGAGUUGAAAGCAGCACAUUGCAAUGGCGCAGCAGUGCCAACAGCAGACUCGCCCGUCGCAGAGGAGGACGACGAUUGUGACGAUUGCGCGUCCGAUGGUGAGCCUGAUGGCGAUGGCGGUGGGAACUGCGCCGAUGCUGAGUCGAGCAGCGAUGAUUCCGCCGAACCACGCGCUCUGCACCUGUCCACACCAGCUGCGCGAAAAUAUCGUGCCAACUCGCUUUUCACACAUCCACUCUUUUUGAGUAGUAGCGUCACCGGCAGCAGCAAUGGCAAUGCUAAUCUGGAAAAGUCUACGUCCACUGCUAUUAAUGCAACGGUGUCAACAGCAACAACCACCACGUGUACGAUGGCGUCAUCGACUGUUACUGCUGAUGUGCCUGCAAACGCAAUGGACUCCACUUCUGAGGAUGGCUGUGAGCAACGCGAUUCACCAAAAAUAAAAGUCACAGCAAAUAGUGUUGCAUCUGCAAGCGCGUCGUCAACGCCACCGCCACCGCCGCCAAUCACAUCGUCAGUAGCCACACCGGCAUCCAUUUCGUCGUGUACAGACUUUGAGCUGCAUGAAAUAAAACCCAGUGAUUUGCUGCCAAUUAAAGGUACACUCACGCGGCGCGAUUCCAUCGAGAGUGGAUUCUACUCAUGUUUCAACGAGGAAUCUGAUCCGGCAAUCACCAACUCGACCACAUAUCGGCAACUGAACUGCAGUGGCGGGGGCGGCAGUGGUGCCAUGCCCUUCGUGUGCGGCAGCAAUUGUUGCAUUGAGCAACUGAAAUCACAGCUUAUGCUCGAGGCGGGUUCCAACAACGAAAUCAAUGAUAAAUUGGCCAAUCUGUGUCGUUGCUGCUACUACGCCUGCACGGGCUCGACAGCAGGCCUACAAGCACAACAAAACAAUAGCGGCCAACUCUUCACUGACUCUUCGUCUAACUCUUCCUCGGUAUUGCUGUUUGACCCUGAAAUGAACACGGUGAAUACCUCUUCAUCGGCAGCAUCCCUCUCGCACGAAGCGGCAGCGUUACGUUCCCUCGACGAUCUGGAACUGCCCGACACCGGACGCCCGCACCACCGACGCUACACCUGUCAUCAUCAUCUCUUGGGGGCAACAAAUCUGCACGACCCUAAUGCCACAGCCACGGCAGCGUCGACCACCUCCAUCGAUAUGGGUCUCAUGAAUCGUUUGGCACUGGACUCGGGCAUACAUUCGGUGCUGCAACGCAAUAAUUUUGCCGUCAACCAAUUGCUCUAUUGCAAAAAUCGCACCUCUUCCAUUUACACCGACAGUUCGGAUGACAUCAGCAGCUUGGCCGGCUCCGAUUCGUUGCUGUGGGAUGAUCGCUCCUUCACUGCUAUACCCAGCAAGCGAUCAGAGCAAAUCGCCACAAUUGUUGAGUAUUUCGAACGGAAGCGACAAGUACCUGAGAUGGCGCCGCCCAGCCGAAAUGCGUUUCUACGCAGCAGCAGCGGUACAACUACUAGUGCAGGCAGCACACACACAAGCACAUCGAACAGUUCCGCCUCGACGGCUGCCGCCGCCGCAAUGGCCGCUACCACAUAUGGUCUAAGCAAUUUGGGAUCGUACGACAUGCGGCGCUAUACAGACUUCAAGCGACAUGCGACAAUAAAUACCGAUUACGAAGCAUUCUGCUUCGAUUUAGAUAAGAAACCGACACAGCAACGUUUGACAGUGUGCGAGGGAGCUGUCAAAUCAAAGCUGCAAAUAUUCGACAAACUAAAGCAACAACAACAGCAACAGCAGCAGCAGCGUAUGCAGCAACAGCAAACAACGACGUCAGCCUCAGCUCCAACGCAAGUCGCCAGCGGGGCGACGAAUGCAGCUUCGUCGAAGUAAGGGCACAAGGCAGCAGAUAGCAGGCAGCAGGAACAAGUUAUAAGCAAGCAUACUGUAAAUUGAGUUUGAGAGCAGCAAUCAAUGAUUGUUGCGUUUUGUUUGUUUAUCUGCAAUUUCAUAACGCAUUUUUACAGUGAUUUCAUAGUUGUUAUUAAUUUGCGCACUGAUUUAAAGAGUUGUAAACGGCGGGGGUUAAUGUUUGAAGCGUAAAUGAAAGGUUGCAGCUGCGUUUAGGUGGGAAACGGAUUUGCGGCAAGUCAGCUUUGGCUAUAGGAACUUAGUAGUAGUGAUUAGUGAUUUACUUAGAUAGCAAGGCAGGCGGGAAAGUGAAGGCUUGAGAAUUAGAUUAUAAAAACAAAAAAAGAAAAUAAUGAAAAUCAAAUAAGAAAAAAUGGGUAGAAAGAGAUGGAAAAAAUGCACUUUGAGCAGUUGAAAUAAUACCCUAUGUAUACUACAUAUCUGAUUUGUUGUUGCUGAUGUAGCAAAAAAUUUCGCAUACAAAACAAUUUUGGGAAAUGCCUGCGAAAUGGCGGAUAUCAAUUCGUGCCGUUCCGUUUAAAACGAGCCGCCAAACUGUAAAUGAACUUUUUAUGCUUAAUAUUUUUUUUUUUUUCAAAUUAUACAGUGAUUGCAAAAAAUCAUUUUAAUCAUGCAACUUUCUCAGCUAAAUGAAAAGUUUUUGUGCGAAAUAAUUACUAACGAUCUACAAUGCAAUUUCAGAGUAUUUGCAGAAAAGUUUAUGUUGAUCGCUUCCAAAACGAACUAAAAUUUCUGAUAAAUUUCAAUAAAACCUGAAGUAUAUUUUUCCAUGUCAGUGUCAAAUCUUAAAAGAAUGACUAUAAAUUCGCAUUCUUUUUCGGUUCUAGAACUUAGUUUACAGUAAAAAUUUCACAAAUUAUGUCGUUCAUAUUUUCUCUAAAUUUACAAGCAGCUGUAACUUUCUAUAGCCAGUAACUAACUCAAAGAAAGUUGAAAGAAAAAACAAAACGAACAAAAAUGCCUUUUUGGCGUCAACCCUUCACAACUCUGUCACUUUUCAUUAUGUUUUAUAAACCCAUUUCCAUUUCAUAUCUUCAUUGCCGUAUCAAACUCUUUUUUGUUGUUGUCAGCUUUUGUUCAGUUAUGUCAUAAAAUUAUUUGUUAGUUUGUAAAAGUGCGUCAACCCUGCGAGCAAAACAAGAAAAAAAUAAGAAUAAUAAAAAAACAAAAAGAAAACCACUUAACACUUACCACUUAAGUUCCCGCGCUAUACAAAUAUAAAAUAUCAGUAAUUUAAAUUGAAUAACUAUAUCUUCCUGUUCACAAUACAUAUAUCCAUAUAUAUAUAUACACAUAUAUAUGUAUAUACAUACAUACCCAAACAUAUAUAUACCCAAUUAUAAAUAUUGAAAUAUAAAAAAUAAAGUUUUAUACUCGUUAAGUGGAAACACACAAAUCAAUGAUUUAAUAAGGAUUGAUGGUGUAUGUAAAGAAGUAAAGAAAAAGGAGAAAAACAAGAGAAAAAAAACAAACAAAAAAAAAACAAUUGAAAGCCAAAAUAUUCUACUAACGUUUUAAGAAGCGAAGCUAAAUGAAAAGCUGGAGUAAACAAUUGUUAAGCAACUAUGUUUUAUUGAAAAUGAAUUAAUAAAGUAAUGAAGUAAUCAAUUAUUGAAGGAAUGCAGUAUUAACAAAAAAAGAAAACAAAAAAAAAAUUAUAAAAAUUAAAUAAAAUAUAUAAAAAGAGAGUGCAUUCUGAAAAAAUGGCAAUUUUAAGACAAACAAGUAAAUAAGCUUAGUAACUAAAAUAUUUUAUUUAUUACUACGCUGAUGUGCGCUAAAAAAGCUGGUUGCUAAAAAUAAGCUGUUCUUUUUUGUUAAGUGUUUCAAGUGUUUGAAAAAGGGAGGUGUGUUUUAAACUAAACUUGCAAAUUAAAAAUUAUGUACUGUAAAAUUUACGCUAGUUGCUCCCAGUAAUUAAAAAAAAAAUUCUAUUUGUGCAACUAACGUGCAAAUGACUACCUGUCGAACGAACUGUUGUGCAUAGAAGAACUAAACAAACAAAAAAAAGUUAAGGCACGUAAAAUUGUAUUUCUUAAACUGGAGUAACACAUCGCCCUUUCCAUGCUGCAAAAACCAGCAACGAUGUACGAUGUUCAUGUUUCCUAGUCCUUUACACUAUUUAGAUUUUGUUUCACAUUUCUUUGUUUAGUUUUUAUGCUGCUAAGCGCAUAUUUUCUUUAUUAUUGUUAGUGAAUAUGUUGUGUGGGUUCUAAUGAAAUUAAAACGAAAAACGAAAAUAACAAUCUUGUAUACUCCAAUGGCAAAGCUAUGAAAAAAAAAACAAAUAAAAUUGCAAUUUAAUUUUUA